UCCCAAAAUAGCAUUUCUCCAUAUUUAUUUAUUAGUCUUACUGUAUACUUCUUUGUCUUUCUUUAUUUUCUUCUUUGUCAUCCUAUAAAAUGUCUCUUCUAUUAACAUUUUGUUUACCUUUCUGUUUUUAUAGCUUUUGUCUUUCUUCCUCCCACAGUUAGUAGCUUGGGGUGAAUAACAAAGAACUGCAACUGCGUUCUAAACGAUAAACGUUGAUGACUAAAUGGAUUAGCUUCUCUUGUGUGCAGGCUUUGGUGUCAAUGCUCGACAAGCUGAAUGCAACAAGUCAUCCCCAUCGACUAUUAGCUCACCAUUGUUGCAGCUCUCCUCCCCACCACGAAUCCCAUCCGCACAACACAAACAAUCAAUAACAACGGGACACGGCAGCAAACCGUCCGUUGACCAGUCCAGGUGGCUCCACGGUCCAGGGAUGACGUUGACCGUCCAUCUUCUUCUCGUGUGUCUCGUCUAUUGUACAUUUGCUGCAGCACUCACCAUCCGCAACUGCAUCAACGGCCAGGUAGAGGUGUACGAGGACGAUGGGACCGUUGUCACGUGCAGCGACAUCGCCAACCCCUCCGACGUGGUGUGGCGGCGUGGCGUUGGUGGGGAGGCUAUCGGUGAGUGUAAGGCAGACGGCACCUGUAGUCCUGUGUACCUGUACCACGACUACGCCCUCAGCCGCGCACCGUACAGCAGCGACAGCCGCCUGACGAUCGUGCGUGACUACCGGGCUAAUGGCGGCCUGGAGGUCACGUGUCAGCAGAUGGGCAGCACGUCUUCAGCCAGAUGCAAGCUGGUCAUCAAACAUCACUCUGUCCUCAACCAGUGCAAGAUUACAACGGACACAGAGCGCUGGACUGUUUCAGGAGUUUGCCAGGUUCAGCAAGCAUUUGCCUCAGACAACAGCUACACAUGCCAAUGGACUGGACCAAACAAUAAUGUAUUUGGUGCAUUUGAGGAUGGAAGCACCCACCAGGUGUGUUCAUUUACACAACCCUUGCCCAACCAGGAGGGACUGUACACAUACAGAGUGUCUGUCUCACCUGCAUCUACAAACCAGUUUUCUCAAGAUGUCAGAAUAGCUGCUCCUGGAAGCAUGGCCACCUCGUGCUCGUGGAAAAUUCCAGAAGGAGGCAACGUAUCGUGCGUUUGCCGGAUAGAACACCCGGGAAGUCCACCCGCUGUCGUCAGAUGGCAAGGCCAAGAUGGCGACCUGAUGAUUAUGAGCGACGUUCAGAGGGAAGACAAUGGAACGCAGUUUGAAUGUCACGUGACCUGGGGUGGUGGCAUCUACACAUCGGCUGUGUACACUCUUCUGGUAGAAUAUGAGUCACACGAGUCGACGGUCACUUCAUCGCAGUUGUCCUCAUCACAUCUGCCAUCAACACUACCAACACCAACAAUUUCCCCACCAGGGAUUCGUGACUGCGCUGUCAUGGCAUCCGUUUACAACUCAGAUCCUCCCAUGCCACCAGAAUUUUCAUCGGAGGCAGUUAUCAGUUCUGUUGCAGCCUUUGUUGUCCUCGUCUUUAUCAUCCACGUAGCCAUUCUUGCCAUCAGACGCCGACGGGAGGGAAUGAAAGCGAUCCAAAGGGAGAAAGAAGAACCAGGGGGAACAUCAGACAGUCUCUCUUGGUGAUGUUGUGUGUUUCGCUGAUGACAGUACAGGA